UGAGAAGAAGUCAACAUGAGCAGAAUAAAAAUCUUACUGGGAUUUGUGUUCUUAAGCCUUUGCUUUAAUCAAUGUCUGUCACAAACACUUUCUUCAUAUGCCAAAACCUGCAAUGAUUGUAAUGGAACGAAUGCUGUUUGUGAACAGAAUCCAGGUUAUGUGACAUGUACCUGCAAAUCUGGUUAUGCUGGAAAUGGUUUUGAAUGCACAAUGUUGGUGUUUUGUGACAAUUCCUGCUGCCCACAAGGAUACUUCUGGGAUACUAAUACCAAGUCUUGCAUGGAUAUUAAUGAAUGUUCAUCACCCUCACUAAACAAAUGUUACCCAGGAAAUUGUAUAAACAAGAACGGCACCCACCUAUGCUCUAAUUCCAUUGGUUUCCAAUGCAAUGGGACCUCUUGCCCCAGUGGUAAUGACUGUAUAGUUAAUAGUAAUACCAUUGCUAAUUGUGCAGAUCCCUGUGCCACCACUCAGUAUCUGGAUGGACCCAGCAGACUGUGGAGCAAAGACUCUGUAGGAAGGUUCCUCACUGAUCGAUACAACUUUGGCUGGUUCCGUUACAAGGAUGGUUAUAAGAUGAAGGAGGGGUGUGUAGGCCCCUUGAAAUGUGGCUCUCUUGAACCUUACACUUUGUCCCGACACCCAACUAUUGCAGAAGGCAUUGUUAAUAUUCCUCUUACUACCAAUGGUUUAAGCAAAUGUUCUAAUGGAGCACUCAUCCCUGUGAAAGCCUGUCCAAGAGGAUACUAUGUGUAUAAACUCUCUGGAUCCCUGAAAUUUGAUGUCUAUUGCACAGAAUUUACUCCACCACCUAAUACUACUACAAUCACACCAACUACUACCCCAAGAACAACUACUACCCUGCCUACAACCACACCUACAACUACUACACCAACUACUACCACACCUACAACAACUACUACCCCAAUUACAACUACUACCCUGCCUACAACCACACCUACAACUACUACACCAACUACUACCACACCUACAACGACCCCAACUCCAACUACUACCCUGCCUACAACCACACCUACAACUACUACACCAACUACUACCACACCUACAACAACCACACCUACUACCCCAAUUACAACUACUACCCUGCCUACAACCACACCUACAACUACUACACCAACUACUACCACACCUACAACGACCCCAACUCCAACUACUACCCUGCCUACAACCACACCUACAACUACUACACCAACUACUACCACACCAACGCCCACAACUACUACCCCAACCCCAACUACUACCCUUCCUACUACCCCAACUACAACCACACCUACAACUUCUACCCCCACUCUCACCCCAACAACUACCUCUCCAGACCCAACUACCACAACAAGAGAUGAUACAACAAUGGGUGAUUCUACAACAGAUGAUUCAACCACUGAGCUUGUUCCGACCACUGCCACAACUAUAUUAAUUUCAACAACAGAUGAAACAACAACCGAAGAUUCAACAACUGAGUUUGUUACAAGCACUAAACCAUUUACAACCACCUUUGCAACCACACCUAAUUUAAGCACAUUAGAAGAUGAUACAACCACAGAAGAAUCAACCACUGAGUUUGUUUCCACCACUGUCACACCUACAACUACUUUAAGCACUUUGAUAGAUGAAACAACAAUAGAAGAUUCAACAACUGGUCCUUCUAUAACCACUACGCUUUCUACAACAAUAGAUGAAACAAGCAUUGAUGAUGAAACUACUCAGGUUGUUACAACCACAUUUGCAACCACAAUAACUUUAAGUACAGAAGGAGAUGAUACAACCCCAGAAGAUUUAACCACAAAAGAAUCAACCACCGAGCUUGUUCCCACCACUGUCACACCUACAACUACUUUAAGCACUUUGAUAGAUGAAACAACAAUAGAAGAUUCAACAACUGGUCCAUCUAUAACCACUACACUUUCUACAACAAUAGAUGAAACAAGCAUUGAUGAUGAAACUACUCAGGUUGUUACAACCACAUUUGCAACCACAAUAACUUUAAGUACAGAAGGAGAUGAUACAACCCCAGAAGAUUUAACCACAAAAGAAUCAACCACUGAGCUUGUUCCCACCACUGUCACACCUACAACUACUUUAAGCACUUUGAUAGAUGAAACAACAAUAGAAGAUUCAACAACUGGUCCUUCUAUAACCACUACGCUUUCUACAACAAUAGAUGAAACAAGCAUUGAUGAUGAAACUACACAGGUUGUUACAACCACAUUUGCAACCACAAUAACUUUAAGUACAGAAGGAGAUGAUACAACCCCAGAAGAUUUAACCACAAAAGAAUCAACCACUGAGCUUGUUCCCACCACUGUCACACCUACAACUACUUUAAGCACAUUGAUAGAUGAAACAACAAAAGAAGAUUCAACAACUGGUCCUUCUAUAACCACUACGCUUUCUACAACAAUAGAUGAAACAAGCAUUGAUCAUGAAACCACUGAGGUUGUUACAACCACAUUUGCAAUAACAGAAGAAUUAACCACAAAAGAAUCAACCACUGAGCCUGUUCCCACCACUGUCACACUUACAACUACUUUAAGCACAUUGAUAGAUGAAACAACUAUACAGGAUUCAACCAUAGAUGAGACAACCACAGAUGAGUCAGUUACAACCACUAAGCAUGUUACAACCACCACUACUUUAAGCACAAUAGGAAAAGAUACAACCACAGAUGAAUCAACUACUGAGUCUGUUACAACCAGUACUCCACCUACUACUACUACAACACAAGUUGUGAUCUCAUCCUUUACUACUGAGAAUGCUUCAACUCCAGUUCAUUCAACUCUGAAAUUCAUUAAAAAAAUUAAAUUGAAAAUAUCAGUCUUCAGUGAUUCUCAUCUUACCAAUCUUUUGUACAGCACCCAUAGAGUAUCUUCUGGAGCACCACUGUAUGUAGUAGUGGAAGCCAAAGACGCUGAGGGAGAGGACCAUGUUUUACAGAUUAAUUCAUUUUUUGCCAGUAAAAGUGAAAAACCUGAAGACACCAAUUUCGUCAACCAUUUCAUUACAGACGGAUGUUUGAACAAUGAAACAGUGAAGGAAAUUCCCAAUUUUGAAAACAACUCACUCAGAAAAGCGUUUUCUUUCAAUGCAUUCAAAUUUUCAGGAAGCAAUGACUAUUACUUGCACAGUGAUGUGUCCUUAUGUGAUAAGAAAGCAAGCUCCUGCCACACUAACCCAAAGAGAAGAAGGAGAGAAGCACCUGAUGUAGUAACAUCUAAUCUGAAAUAUUUAGUACAAUUUAAAGAUGAUGAAGAACUUCACAGUGAUUCGUAUUCUGUGACUGCAUCCUCCUCAUUACUGAUGUUACUGUCUCUACUCGGAUAUGUUGUCGCAAGAAUCAUGUAGAGAAAGCUUUCUUAUUUUCUCUUCUUGUACAACUGUAAAUAUUAUUAGACAUUGCCCUGUCUUUACCUACAUCUUCUAUGUCGCAUUUCCUGAUUGCGCCAUGCAUUUAUUCAAUAUCUGGAGGUUUUUACUCUACUGGAUGCACAGAUGGUGGGAUGGCCUGAGUGUAGAAGACCUCAUUUUGAACUAUUGAUUCCAGGAUUGAUGGGAUAUUGUGGUUGAGAUACAGUGUAUGGGGACAGAAUGUGGAAGGAAUGAGCAAUGGGGCUCAUGGGGUUUAAAUCUAUUUAUUUUUAACAUUUUCUAUUUUCCAUACAUGUUUGUUUGGAUUAUUUAAUAUAUAAAAAUAAAUAUUACUAUAUUUUCUAAGUAUUAUUUAUAUUAUAUAAAAUGUUAUUUCAUCCACAUAAUUGUUUGCAAACCACUCUAACAAAAUACCAAUAUACCUGUGUACAAAAAAGGUAAAAAUAUCAAAAUAUAAAGAGUUAAACUCUAAAAACCUCAGUCUGUGUCAAAGAAAUCAAGGGCAAAAAACCCAAAACUAAAUAAAUAAUUACAGUGAACUAAAUGUCUAGAAACAAAUCCUUUUUAUAAACACCAUUGCGUUAAUAAUGACCAAUUACAUCAUAAGCCACACAAAAAAAGUUUUAAGAAGACUUCAUACUUUUGAACACUUAAAGGGACAUGAUGUUUGAAUAUAAAAAUUAACUACAGCACUUUGAUCAGUAGUUUUUGUGCAAUUUACUAUCAUGUGCAAAAAAAAAUGUUAAUUACUGAUUCAGGGAUAACUUAUAAAAUGCAAGUGACCUUUUUGUCCCUUUAGCAAAAAAGCACAAAGGGUUUUGUGUUUUUUACUUUUUGAUUGCUUGUCAUCUAUUGUGCUUUUGGCUUUAGGAUUUCCUUCACUGCACACUCCAUGCAGUUGCUUCCUUAGGUUUUAGGAUGUCCAAGUGAGCAAAACCUUGUCUGGUAAAUGUAACCUGUCUCCCCCUUCAAAAGAACAUGAAACAUAGAUAUUGACGGCAAAUAAGAGCCAUAGGCCCAACAAGUCUGCCCAAAAUUUUCUAAAAGUAUAAAUUUAUCUAGUUCAUAGGAUGGCCUUAUGGUUAUCCCAGGUAUUCUUAAAGUCCCCCACAGUGUUUGAUGUUACUACUUCUAAUAGAAGAAGAUAAAGGGGAGAGUGACUGAAAGUUUGAACUGUGAAUAAACUGUUCAUCAUAAACAUUAGUAAUUUGUGUAUUUGCUUAGCAAAUGAUUGGCCUUUAACCUACCAAUUAUACUUUGCAAAUGUAAAUUGCUAGUUGUUUAUGCUUCUUAAACCUAUUAAAAGCUAGGGAUCCUGCUCUCCUGCAUUUAGGGUAUGGAAGACACAUUUAGCAUUACACAAGCAAAUGUUUGUGUGACCCCUCCCCUUGGAGCAGGGCAUGUCAGUCAUUUCAGUUGAAUUAGCAAGGGUUCCAAAGCUGCAUUCUCUGCUUAAUAAUAGUUCCAAACUGUUUAAAUACCCCUAACUAUGUAACUGUGUUUACUUACUUUACUCUCUUAUUUCCUUGCUCUCCUGAUUUUACCUAAAAAUCCCCAUGAGUCCCCUUAGUAAGUGACUUUUUUGUGAAGCAGUUUGUCCAAAUAAAUAUAUAGCAAACAUAGAAGAAAAAUCAGACAUGACAAAACACCUAAGGUAGUCACUCCUGCUUGUAAAACUUCUCCACAUGUCCACCUGCCUUGUAUCUGAAGACACAGAAGAACUACAAGGGUCACAAAAUACAUACAGUAUCUCCUAUAAUGUGUUUAUAAAACAUAAUUUAAUCUAUCCACAUCAGACCCUACCAGGCUAUGAUUUAAGCACAUUUUUCUUUUUAAAUCAUUCAAUUUGUGUGGUACUGAUUUAGGAACCCACCUGAGCUAAUGCAAGUAGGUCCUUAACUCCAGGUCUGUUGAAUGGAGAAAAACCUCCAGGGAAGCUAUGUUUCAAAUUCCUAAGUAACACAUUGAUUUCGAGGUCAAACAGAUGUUCUCCAUAAAAUAACAUAUUUGUAGGAGAGUCUUACCUCUUGGAAGAAAUAUUUCUAAUAUAGUAGAAUGUAGAUCUGUGGUGUGGAUUACCUAAGUAUACAGAGUAUCCUAUAGUGAGGCAAAUCACUAUGAAAUAUAUGAAAAUGCAAGCUAAUGUUUAAUAAGCCACAACCACCUAUCUAAAAAUAUGAACUGUCCCAAAAUAUAAUGUAAGUGGGUUUCUUCUGAUUUCUGGGCUGUAUUGUUAUGUUAAUCUUUAUAUGUUUAUAGAAUAGCAUGAAAAAAAUUAUAAUAAAUUGUAUCAGCAUAUUUAA